AUGAAGUCCCUCCAGACGGAGGCUGAUACAGCACAAGCCGAAGUGGAAAAGCUCACGGCAAAAAUCCAAGAACUUGAGCAGGAUAACCAAAGCAAGGAUGAAGAAAUUGCUACGCUCUCGACCCGUCAUCAAAUGCUUGAGGAGCAGGUCGAAGAGACUGAGAUCCUAGUUCGCGAGGUAAAAAGAUUAUCCAACGAGGAUGAUAUUCAGGCCGGUCAUUAUGAGCGUCGUGCCCAGGCACUUCAGGCCGAUUGCGACCAGUGGGAGGCCAAGUAUAAUGACAUGGCAGCAAAACAUGCCGAGCUUCAGAAGAACCUCGAUAGCUUGCUUGGCGAGAUGGGAGAAGUAUAA